UCCGCUUUGCUGAGAAUAGACGUAUUAAUUUGUCUUGGUAAUUCGUAAGAAUUUUGUACAAACCAUUCCAAUAAAUAAAUUUGUAUUAAAAAUACUUCUUAAAAUUAUGGGGCGACUCCUUAGCUGUAUUUUUCUCAGCCUUUUUCUUCAAACUUCUUUCAUUUCUGCUAAGCUACCAGACUGGGUAACUCCGGAAAUGGUCGCAAUGGUUGCAGAUGAUAAAGCUAAAUGCAUGGCUGUACAUGGGACAACACAAGAUUUAAUCGAUUCGGUAAACGAUGGAAACAUUCCAAAUGAUCCUAAAAUUACAUGCUACAUGUAUUGUUUAUUUGAAUCAUUCAGUGUGAUUGAUGAAGAUGGUCAGCUUGAAGCUGAAAUGCUAGCGGGGUUAUUUCCAGAAGACAUCCAAGCUAAAGGGUUAAAAGUACUUCCACCGUGUGCGACUCAAGAUGGCGCGGAUAAUUGCGAAAAAGUAUACAAAAUAGCUACAUGUAUACUUAAGGCUGAUCCUUCGUUAUGGUUUAUGUUAUAAUGAUUGAUGACGGAAAAUCGUAUUUUGAAUCAAUAAGGAUUAAAGAAGAACGUCAGAGAAGUAUUCUUAUAAAUGUAAUGGAACGUAAAUGUUGAUUAUUCUUUCAUAAAAGUAACUAGCAAAAAAUUUUUUCGAGAUUUGAAAAAAAAAAACUUCCUAAAGCAAUUGUUUAUUAGCAAUUUAUCCAUUUAUCAUUAUUAAUUCAUUGAGAAAUGUAUAUUUACAUAAUAUCAUAGAAUAAAAUAUGAUGAAAAUUAAUAAAUAAUGACUAAGGAGCUGGAUAUACUCAGAAUAGAAUUUAUUAAUUUACGUAAAAUUAUGGUACAUACCUUUUCAAAUAAAAAAAAAUUGAAUCCACAGUGAUAUAAAGAGGAAUUCACUUAUAUCUUAUGCGACGAAUAACAAUAUAUAUAUUAUUCAUAGACAUCAAUUACAAAUUAAUUAAUGUCAUAAGCAUGAAAUCACAUGCAAGCUUUGUUACUACAAAAUACAAUAACCAAUAAUAACUUCCCACUGGAAAGUUAAAAAUUGUGAACAAAAAAUUAGACAAAUAAACCAUAAGCCACAAACGAUGUCUAAA